GGCUAGCGGGCGGCCGGGGUCCCGCGGGCGGAAGUGCGAAGGGCGGCGGGGGAGGAGGCUGCGGGCUGGGGGUUGGGAUUCCCUCCCUGCCUGACGCGGCCCGGGGAGCCCGCGCGAGGACGCCCGGCGCGCCAGCGGCCCUUUUUUGGCGUUGAGGGAGACCAGAAGGGCAGGGCCGCCGCUCUGGCGGAGCGAGGCUGAGCCGCCGCCGCCGCCGGCACCGGGAGGAGGGGCCGCCAGACCGGCCGGGCGAGCGCGGGCGCGGGCGGCCCUUCUCCGCCCCGCUCCUCCCGGGCCGCCAUCCCUCCGCGCGCACGGCCGGCGGGAAGCCCCGCGGCCCCGGCCCCCGGCCAUGUCGGCCGAGGAGAUGGUGCAGAUCCGCCUGGAGGACCGCUGCUACCCGGUGAGCAAGAGGAAGCUCAUCGAGCAGAGCGACUACUUCCGCGCCCUCUACCGCUCCGGCAUGCGCGAGGCCCUGAGCCAGGAGGCCGGCGGCCCGGAGGUGCAGCAGCUGCGCGGCCUCAGCGCGCCGGGCCUGCGGCUGGUGCUGGACUUCAUCAACGCCGGCGGGGCCCGCGAAGGCUGGCUCUUGGGCCCGCGGGGAGAGAAGGGCGGGGGCGUGGAGGAGGAGGAGGAGAUGGACGAGGUGAGCCUGCUGUCCGAGCUCGUGGAAGUGGCCUCCUUCCUGCAGGUCACGUCCCUGUUGCAGCUGCUGCUGUCCCAAGUGCGGCUCAACAACUGUCUGGAGAUGUACCGCCUGGCGCAGGUGUACGGGCUGCCCGACCUGCAGGAGGCCUGCCUGCGCUUCAUGGUGGUGCACUUCCACGAGGUGCUGUGCAAGCCCCAGUUCCACCUCCUGGGGUCUCCUCCCCAAGCCCCCGGGGAUGUCAGCCUGAAGCAGAGACUGCGGGAGGGCCGGAUGACUGGGACUCCUGUCCUUGUGGCCCUGGGGGACUUCCUGGGAGGACCCCUGGCCCCGCACCCCUACCAGGGGGAACCCCCGUCCAUGCUCAGGUACGAGGAGAUGACUGAGCGUUGGUUCCCGCUGGCUAACAACCUUCCUCCCGACCUGGUGAAUGUCAGGGGUUAUGGGUCCGCCAUCCUGGACAACUACCUCUUCAUAGUGGGCGGGUACAGGAUCACUAGCCAGGAGAUCUCUGCUGCGCAUUCCUACAACCCCAGCACCAACGAGUGGCUCCAGGUGGCCUCCAUGAACCAGAAGAGGUCUAACUUCAAACUUGUGGCUGUUAAUUCAAAACUCUAUGCCAUUGGUGGGCAGGCCGUUUCUAACGUUGAGUGUUACAAUCCCGAGCAGGAUGCGUGGAAUUUUGUGGCACCCUUACCAAAUCCUCUGGCUGAGUUCUCUGCGUGUGAGUGUAAGGGGAAAAUUUAUGUCAUUGGAGGAUAUACCACCAGAGACCGGAACAUGAACAUUUUGCAGUACUGCCCCUCUGCUGACAUCUGGACCCUCUUUGAAACUUGUGACGUCCACAUUCGCAAGCAACAAAUGGUGUCUGUGGAGGAGACCAUCUACAUCGUCGGGGGGUGUCUCCACGAACCGGGCCCCAACCGGCGGAGCAGCCAGAGCGAGGACACGCUCACCGUGCAGUCCUACAACACCAUCACCCGGCAGUGGCUCUACCUCAAGGAGAACACGUCCAAAUCGGGUCUUAACCUGACUUGCGCGCUCCAUAACGACGGCAUCUACAUCAUGAGCAGAGAUGUUACCCUGUCCACCAGCUUGGAGCAUCGAGUGUUCCUCAAGUACAACAUCUUUGCAGAUAGUUGGGAAGCAUUUAGGCGUUUUCCAGCCUUUGGACAUAACCUGCUGGUUUCUUCUCUUUAUCUGCCCAAUAAAACAGAAACAUGACUGAGUUGACUUCGUAUUUGAAAGAAACCUGGUUUGAGAUAAAAACCAAAAAACAUGAUGCCCCAUUUCAAGGGAGACUGAUUUCUAAAGGGAAAAUAUGGGUUAAAGUACAUCACAUACAUACACUAGUAGCUGUAAAUAAGCUUACUUGAACUAAUUACUUGAAAACUCGUGGAAAAAAGAGACCAACUUUGUCAUUUUUUAAAUUAUGGGAGCAAAUCCAUGAUGAUGUUUUCUCCAAAUGUGACACUCCUGGGCCAAUGACUAAAACUGAUCGUCAAAAAGUAGAUUUAUUUUGUCUGCUUGGUAAAGGGCCAAAGUCAAUAAUUGGAAUGAAUGAUAAGAUGAUUUUAAAUUAUUUAGGUCCCUUGAAAAAUAUCAUUAGUACCUUAAGUGAGAGAUUUUCUUUUAUCAGUUUACUUGAUAAAAAUGACAUUGUCAUUCUCCCUCCUUUCUCUCAACAUAUCGAAGUAUGUAUUUCUGUACAUACUUCCAGCAUAUUUAAAAUAGGGUUCUAUGUUCAGAUAUUUUAUUUGCACACUACUUUUCAGGAAACUUACAGUGAUGGAAGCAUACAGUGAAUCCUUGCAAGAUUCAAUUCUCCCAAAAACUUGCAUAAAAACAUUAUCAGCUAUUCUUUCAGUCUGUUUUGUGAUUAUGAAUGCUGGUUGAAUAGACUGAUAUAACCUCUUAUUUAUGUGGCAGAUUACGUAUUUAUGUGGUCACAGGUUGCAUUGCUAAGCCUUCUGUAUAAAAGAGAAUUUGUUUAAAAGAGAGGACAUACUGUGUAAAAGGACGGAUGUGUGUAUAUUUUAAAAAUUUAAGUCUUAAAAUUUAAAUGGAAAGGGAAGGAAAUACCAAAUAAGAAAAAAAUUGCCUUUAAGAGUUACUUUUUUGAAUGUAUUUGACUUAGUUCUUAUUUAAGACUGAAAAAACAACUUUAUCAUAUUUACGUCUGGCAGUUUUUUAAUUUAAUCUUAGCUUUGUAAUUCAUGUUUUGCUUUUGUGGGCUAAGGUGAGGACAGCUGUAAAAAACGUUUGUGCUGGAGAGAGGAAGAAGCUCUUACAGAAGUAGAGUGGCCUCUGGUAGUAUUUCUGAAGUUAGGUAAAGCGCUUUACUUGCCUUGGUUAUUAACUUAAAUAGAACUCAGCUCAUGCAGUUAUUUGCUUUCUCUAAGUCAGUUAACAAUGAAUAAAACCUUCUGCCAAUCAUAGAUCAGCAUCUCCUAAAAAUAUUUAUACUCAUACUUAUGGCAAUUUUAUUUUGAUUGAAACACACUUUCUGAAAUUACCUGAUGUUUUGUAAUGGAAUCAGUUUAAACUGUGAGCUGGAUUCCGCCUUUCUGCACGAACAGCAGGCAGAACCACGUCAGUUAUGGCGUGCCUCCCUAAGAAAGUCCCAUAGCAAAACAACAAUGCGUAGCAGAUUCAUGCCUUCAACAAACACGUACUGAGUGCCUGCAGUAUGCCAUUCACUGUGCAAUUGGAGGACAGAGGAGCUAAUACCGAACUGAGUUCUCAGUUUAUUAGAGGAGUCACUACAGGGUUUCUUGGCAACUAUAGCCUCUAAUAUAUUUAAAAUAAGGGUCCAGUUAUAAAAAUCCUAUUUGCAUAACUUUGCAGAUAUGUUUGUAUUAGGUACAAUGAGGUAAGCCUUUAUUUUGGACAUAGAAACAGAUCUUUGUAUCUUGUCACCAAAUAACCUCACCAGUAGUCAACUUAUAACAAUUUUUAAGGGUUUCUAAGCUGUGCCCAUUUAUUCCCAAAUAUUAUGCUUUUUUUAAAAAAAAAAGUCUGAACUAAAAUCUUCCCAGGAAUAGUACUUAAAUAAUAGAUUUAUAUUUAUGUUCAUUGUAGAAUUGAAUUUCCAGUAACCUAUAAUUUCAUUACAUAUAUUUAAAAAUCUAAUUUAUUUUAGAUGGUGUUAACUUCUGUUGCUGUAGAGCUUAACUUUUUAAAGGUCUAAUCCUAUGUAUUCGGAAGACUCCAGAUAGUUGAAUUAGUACUGGACAAACACUUGGAUAUUAGUUUGUAAAUAACCCUAUUGUAUAAACUAUGUGUUAUUAUUCCUGCCAACCAGUUCUCUUCCUGAUGACAGUCUUUGGGUCUGUUUUCCUAAUGCUGAGAAUUAGAUUCUUGGACCAAGUGAAGGUAUACUCUGAUCCACAAAGCUUUUUUAUAAACCAGGUUUGCUGUGUGUGUGUAUCUGUGUGCAUAUGUAUGUGUGUGUGUGUAUGUGUACAUGCUUGCAUAUUGUAGCUCUCUCUAAGAUACAGAGACUUCUAACAAGAUUUUGUUGUUCUGGGCUGCCAGCAGUGCUUGGGAAAGGUGGAAUGUGCAGUAGGAACAGAUCUGUGCGUUUUGUGACAUCGUCAGCUGUGUUGACAUUUUAGGGUAGUUCUAAUUUAGCUCUGUUCUCUUGUUGGUGCCAGUGUUACAGUGAAGACUCUACCUAUGAUGAUGAAGGCAAUGUUUAUUUGAACGUCUCCCUUCAUUCCCCAAGACUGUCUCUUACGUUUUGAGAAUAUCUUUCUAUUUUAUUCUUAGUCCCCUUCUCUAAAUGCUUUAUCCUUUUUUUUUUCUAAGAUGCUUCUGAGGGACACUGACUUCCCACUCUGGGGAAGGGAGUUGCCGGGAGGACCCCGGUGGCAGCCCCCUGGCCCGAAUCACCCUGUUGUACAGAGAAUGGUCUCAGUGGCAGAGAGGGAGACCUGUGUGUGAGCUGGUAGAAAGAGGUUGCUGGUUCUUCCUGUCAUUCUUUCUGGCUUUCCUUUCAACUCCCUUAGUUUCAGAGGCCUCUCCCCUUAGCAUCUUUUAAAAGGUUUUCUGAUGAAUAUGAGGGUUAUUUCAACAGCAUUGGUUAAGUCAUACAAUGAAGUACUGAGAAGGUUAUGGAUACUAGUAAGAAACAAAUAAAAGGCAUAAGAUUAAGCAUGAAAACCAAAGAGAAUUUAACUCUGCCAUUGUUUUUUUUUUAAACAACCAAGAUCCCAAGUAAUUUCAAAUGCCUUAGAUGAUUAAAGCUAUACAGUACCGAGAUAGAGAAACUUCUUUCUCUCUAAAGGGAGUAAUCAAGUAAAUGCCUGUGCUCUUUCAACACACAAUGCUUAUUGAGCGCUGUGGAUGCAGUGUUUUCAGAUUUCUAGGUAAAGUGACGACCCUACCUGUUUGGCCAAAGAGUUAAAUUGAGAAGAAAGGCUUUGGUCUUCCUGAUCAACCAGCAUUUAAGGAACAGUGGCUUAAUGCAGAUCUCUUGAGAGAGAGUGUAGCAACAUAAAGGGAAUACCAGUGAGUGUUGGAUGCCUUUUUCCUAGACCAGGGAUAGGGCGUAUAGAACCUCUGUGCACCAUUCUUUCAGGGUGGCAUUAUGAAAGAGUGUAGCACUCCUUUCCUCUGUGCCAGGAGUUUGGUCUUAGAAUUCCUGUCAAAUCAAUGCUUCUAGACAUCCAUUGCCAAUCCAUCAGAGCAAAAUGUAGCCUAUUUGUCACCCUUGCCUCCGAUACAGGAGUGGAGGACCUAGGUGGGUAUACGUUGAGCGGAUUCAGCUCAGCUCCCUGUUUACCGGAAAUGCUUACUGAGAGCCUGUCAUGUGCAAGACAGUGCUAAGAACUGGGAAUACAGACCGAAAUAAGCCACAGUCCAUGACCUUGAAGAGUUUACAGCCUUGUAAAAAUGUUCAGUGUCAUUGUCUUUACCAGGGCAUCCUUCUCAAAGAUGCCUACUUUUGUCAGGCACGUUGGAGCUGUCUGGUCUGGUGGCCUCUUCAGCGUUGGCCAAAUCUGUCUUUUGCUUCCAUGAUUUAUUAACAAUCAUCACGAACCAGUUUUUUGUUUGUUUGCUUUUUAAAUUUGAACACUACAUCCUAUGUUUAGUUUUUUACUGUAUGCUUUUUCCCCCUCACUACUUUUCAUAGUCUUGUCUACUUCAUUUUUGUGAAAAAAUGAAAAUUACACGUAAUCUGCUUUAUUUAAAAAUACUCACCAGGCACCACAGCUUUUGCAGCCAAGGGCACAGUUGAGCUAAGGGCUCAGCAGUUUGAAAAGUGCUGAGUGAAAAGGCGGAGGGGAGGAGGAAACAGAAAGAAAUGUUCACUCCGACCCUGGUCCCCACUACGCAUCAGUUGAGUUUGCCUUUGUGAUGAUCAUGAAGGGUGUGGUUUUCCAUCUUUAUGUUUCAUUCACAUAAGAGUAUUUGUUUUGUAUUUUCUUGUGUUAACUUAGGAACACAAUUAAAGUUCACAGUGACACAUGCUGACUUCUGUACUUGACAUAACCAUUUUUAUUCAUUCCUACAGGAAACACUAAAUAUAAAAGAUGGUCAGUUCUGAAGAGCAGAAGGGUGCUGAAAUGACCUGUAGUGUUGGCUGGUGCUUUCUCAAAUGGAUGCCAUCGCUUACUACUAGCAAAGAAAAGGAAGAUGUGAUUUGUAUUAUUGUGUCAUUUUUUAAAAUAAAAAAACCUUAAGAAUAGGGCACUUUAGCUGUCACUACAAUGUUUUCGUAUCUAGUAGUCAUGUUAGGGAAGAUGAUAAUCUGUAGAAUGAAUAGUUACGUUUUGUUAUGACUGAUACUUUGUUCAAAGGUUGUAUUGAGUCUUUAAUUUCAAGUGUAGCUUAAAAAUGUAAACAUUACCGUAUGAUUCAUUUGAAUACAAUGACGCCUGUGAAGCACUCGCUAUAACAGCAUUCAUUUUGUGUUUAUAACUACAACUAUAGAAGAAAAUCUCUUCAAAUAAAAUAGUUCUAAAUCCGU